UGGACCUCGUCUACCACUGCCGGGACGGGCCGUGCCCUUAGGCCAUUGUUUUUUUGUUCCCAUUCCUCGGAAUCCCAAGGAAUGCAAAACCCUGCCAAGGCGGGGGUGACCAGUGUCGAGGACCGGCUCACGUGAGCUAUGUUCUGGUAAAGGCCGACUCUCCCUUGUAAGCUGACGCUUCUGACGCUUCAUCAGAUUUGGUGUGAUGGAGCAAAGGCACUCAGCACAGCCCGGUACAAAAAGACAAUGGGACCAGGAUGCAAACAGCAUGGAUUGUACUGGAAGUGUGACACGGCACCAGAAAACUCAAACAGGAGAGAAACCCUUCAAGUGCACUGUGUGUGAGAAGGCAUUUACAGUGUCAUCAUAUCUUAAAAAACACCAGAGAACACACACAGGAGAGAAACCCUUCGGGUGCACUGUGUGUGGGAAGGCGUUUUCACGGUCAUCAAUUCUGCACAAGCACCAGAGAAAACAUACAGGAGAUGGACCCUUUAAGUGCACUGUGUGUGAGAAGGCAUUUGCAUGGUCAUCAGUUCUUGAAAAACACCGGAGAACACACACUGGAGAGAAACCCUUCAGUUGUAGUGUGUGUGGGAAGGCAUUUUCAGAUUCAUCUGUUCUUAAAAAACACCAGAGAACACACACUGGAGAGAACCCCUUCAUAUGUAGUGUGUGUGGGAAGGCAUUUUCAGAUUCAUCUGUUCUUAAAAAACACCAGAGAACACACACGGGAGAGAAACCCUUUAGGUGUAAUGUGUGUGGGAAGGACUUUUCACAUUCAUUCGCCCUUAAAACACACCAGAGAACACACACGGGAGAGAAACCUUUCAAGUGCACAGUCUGUGAGAAGGCAUUUGCAGAUUCAUCAGUUCUUCAGAUCCACCAGAGAACACACACAGGAGAGAAACCCUUCAAGUGCAGUGUGUGUGAGAAGGCAUUUGCACAGUCAUCAAAUCUUAGAAAACACCAUAGAACACACACAGGAGAGAAAAAUUUCAAGUGCACUGUGUGUGAGAAGGCAUUUUCAGAUUCAUCUGCUCUUAAAAGACAUCAGAAAAUACACACAGGAGAGACACCUUUCAAGAGCAGUGUGUGUGGGAAGGAAUUUUCAAGUUCAUCUGAUCUUAAGAUCCACCAGAGAACACACACGGGAGAGAAACAUUUCAAGUGCAGUUUGUGUGAGAAGACAUUUUCAAGUUCAUUUUGUUUUAAAAAACACCAGAGAACACACACAGGAGAGAAACCCUUCAGGUGCACUCUGUGCGGGAAGCUCUUUGCAGAUUCAUCACAUCUUAAAAAAACACCAGAGAAUGCACACAGGAGAGAAACCCUUCAAGUGCACUGUCUGUGAGAAGGCAUUUGCAUGGUCAUCAGAUCUUCAGAUCCACCAGAGAACACAUACAGGAGAGAAACCCUUCAAGUGCACUGUCUGUGAGAAGGCAUUUGCAUGGUCAUCAGGUCUUCAGAUUCACCAGAGAACGCACACAGGAGAGAAACC